UCACCUUCAGUGCCAGAACUGCCACCUCAAAUUUUCAUCCAAUUCGUUUACAAAGUGAAACAGCACCUCUUCUUAUAUCCCAAAAAUUCAUAUACAUAUAUACACUUAAAGUAAGUGUAUUAAGUGACUUAAUUGAUUAUGAUCAGCAAGAGAUAAAGCAGGAAGUGAACACACAACUUGAUCUGUGGAUGGUAGAUCACUCCAACCUCUCCUACCCUCUUCUUUCCCGGACACUGUCGUCGCUUGGAGUUGACCCCUCGCUGCACUCGUCCGCCGUGGAUCUGAUCACCUUGAACUGCAAAACGUCCGGCUACUGGCAAUAUUGUAACAUGGGUGGUGGUUGGACGGUUCUGCCCUUGAGAGUUACCAUCGAAGAAGUGCACUGCUACAUGCUUCACUGCGAGACUUUUUAUUGGCCCAGUGAAGUUAUGGGCGAUUUAAUGGAACUGGAAGAAGAAGAAGAAAACCUAGCAAGUGAUUAUGAAGAUGUAAUUGGUAUAAAACCUGCGAGUGAGUCGUCGAUAAAGGAGUUAUUGACGAGGGUAAGGGUUGGGAAUAACAAAAAAGAUGUGUGCACUGUUUGUCUCGAAGAAUUGAGUACUGCAGGAAUAUCCUAUGCUAUGCAGAUGCCUUCCAAACAUGUGUUUCACGACGAGUGUGUUGUGAGAUGGCUCAAGGAGAGUCAUUAUUGCCCAGUUUGCCGCUUUGAGAUGCCUACUAUAUAUUGA